CCAUGCUAAAUAAACAGGCAAAGGGCAAGUUAGCUUACGAUGUGAUAUUGAGAAGUCACAAAUCCGAAUCGGACUGCGGAUGAAUCCUCUGACCAGUCCUGUCGGAACACGUGACUGACACAUACUCUACACGUGAACCCUAACCCUGACCCAUGGCGAGCAUUUUAUCGUUGCGAAUGCAGAGGCUCCUUUCCUACUCUCCUAAUGCUCCCACAAUCAGCAAUGCAACUCGAUUCUCCUCAUCAAUUGACUUUCUCCUUAUUGCCUUCCUGAGCACACCUCCUAGGACUGAUGCUUUUCCAUUCGAGAAUUCUGCAUCAUGCACUCAGCAUUCCCCGCAUUCAGUGAGGGAUCGGGCUGUACUCCUGCCCUGUGCCUUCCCGUCGAUCUCUCCGCGGCCUUCCAACUCUCCAAGCGAUCACUUCCGCCCAAUCCCGUCUCGUACGUCCGCGUGGGUACAAAUAGGCGCUGGGUUUGCAAGCAGAACCUCAGAGCAAGAGUCUACUCUUUCGCCCCAGGCCGAAACUCCCUUUCCGACACAUCCCUCUCUUUACAACCCACGAUGAGACUUUCCGUCGUCGCCACUGUCGUGUAUGCCAUGCUCGCCAUGUCGGGAGCCAACGGUCGGCCCACGCGCCGCCAAUUCGACGUGACGACCUUCCAGAACUUGACCCCGGCCGAGCGCCGGGACUUCAUCCUCGCUCUCGAUCCAGCGACGAUCAACCUGUCCGACGACAUGCUUUCCGGGAUCAGCGCCUUCCCCGCCAUCCAGCAGAGCCUCGCCGACGGCACGCCGCUCACCAACGACGUGCUCAAGCAGCUCGUCCUGGCGUAUCAGGACGAGGUGCACCAGGCGGAGCAGGGCGGCGAUGCCACGGCGGGGCUGGCGCAGGUGUCCCGCAAGCGGGAUGACGAUGUUGAUGGCGAGGAGAUUGAGGAGCGCGACGACGAGGGUGCGGACGAUGCCGCGGGCGCGGAUGAGACUUCGGAGGACACCUCUGCCGACGAGGCGGCGCCCGAGGACCCUUCCACUGAGGGCUCUGAGGCGACCGAGACCACCGAAGAUGCCUAGUUUCUGUCGCUGCACUCUUUCACUCUUUGGCCUUCCGGGUUAUGUAUCUGUUGUACCGAGCGCUUGCACCACAAUCUACCGUCCCUGUUUCUUUCCAUGCGCAGCGAUGAAGUUUUUGCUACUCAACUGUCGCCUAUCAGGGCGAAGUGGUCAGUCGACAUUGAAGCCACUCAUCCAUGACCCAUGAUGAGCGGUGUAAAUCUGAGUGAGGCGCCUUGUCGCGACAAGACGUUUGUGCCGAUCGCCAUACAACCACUGACCACGCUGCGUGCGCGGGUAGUGCACGUCACUCACGAGCUAUCCCCCAGCCGUGCUCCCACAUCCAUAUCCGAGAACUAGACAAUCUUGAACGCCUCACGAUCAUCGCCACGAACGCGAGCUCCUCGUUCUCCCCUAUCACCCGAUACCAGAGGCAUUCAGGCAUGGCGCUUCACCACGCCCAGUUAUCUGCCUGCGGAAAGCGCAGCGAUCGGGCCACCGCAGUCCGAGUCCAGCGUGUGCGUCGGCAGAGCUCCCUUGUUCCGCGCACUCGAUAGGGUGGAGCAAGGCACGGAGCGCAAUCGGCUUCUGAGGGUGUGCAGUCUCGGCGUAGCUGGCCACGGAGAUGGGGAUGUGUCUUCUAGAGCGCGUGCCAAGUCGGGGAUCGCUA